AGUUAGACAGAGGGGCUUCCAACACUCACUCAGCUUCUUCAAUCUGCACCACCAGGCGGGCACAUUGUUUAAUCUGUCUCAGUGGAAGAGAUACUCCCCAUUUCUGGUUUUGCAGUAAGGAUCCAUUUCUUCUGCCAAUAUCUGCCCCAACAAAAUUCCAGACAAGUGAAAUGUCACAGACAGUUAAACUGCCUCUGAACAGUUCAAUGCACAAAAAAAGACGUCAAGGAUUUGCUUGGAAACCAGUGCUCCUCAAUGAAUUUGUGCUUCAGCCUCUACUAAAAUGGGGUGGGAAUAUAAAGAUACAUUAAAGGGCAUUCGGCUACCAAGCAUGAUCAGGCUUGAAACUGCGGGUGCCUCUGAAGUGACGAUGAGCCUGUGAUGGAUGAAUCUGCCCAUCUGGACUACAGCCCUGAGCACAGACACUUCUGGCUGUCUAGUGCCCAGGACCCAAAGUGGCCUGUGGGGGGUGUGCAGACCAGACCCCAGAUACCCAGCCCCUGGGCACUGUAGGAGCCUUUUCCGGGUCUGGGUAGACUCCCUGCUUCUGUCCGAAAUGGCCUGUAACGGCACAGCCCCCAACGCCUACGAGUCCCCGCUGCUGAAUGGCAGCAACGUGUCAGAUUCUGGGGUGGCCACCGCCUCGGCCCCCCUGAGGAUCUCCCUGGCGGUGGCCAUGCUGUUGAUGAUGGUGGUGGGACUCCUGGGCAAUGCCGUGGUGUGCAUCAUCGUGUACCAGAGGCCGGCCAUGCGCUCGGCCAUCAACCUGCUGCUGGCCACGCUGGCCUUCUCAGACAUCAUGCUGUCCCUGUGCUGCCUGCCCUUCACGGCCGUCACCCUGCUCACCGUCCAGUGGCGCUUUGGGGACCGCUUCUGCCGGCUGUCGGCCACCCUGUACUGGUUCUUCGUGCUGGAGGGAGUGGCCGUGCUGCUCAUCAUCAGCGUGGACCGCUUCCUCAUCAUCGUGCAGCGCCAGGACAAGCUGAACCCGCGCAGGGCCAAGGCCAUCAUCGCCGUGUCCUGGGCUCUGUCCUUCUGCCUGUCCGCCCCCUCACUGGCCGGCUGGACGCUGGUGGAGGUGCCGGCGCGGGCGCCUCAGUGCGUGCUGGGCUACUCGGAGUCCCAGGCGGGCCGCGCCUACGUGUUGACGCUGGCGGUGGCCGUGUUCUUCGUGCCCUUCGGGAUCAUGCUCUACGCCUACCUGUGCAUCCUGCACACGGUGCGCAGGAACGCGGUCCGCGUGCACAACCAGUCCGACACCCUGGACCUGCGGCGCCUGCCCCGGUCGGGCCUCCGGCGGCUGCAGCGGCAGCAACUGGCCAGCCUGGACCUGAGCUUCAAGACCAAGGCCUUCACCACCAUCCUCAUCCUCUUUGUGGGCUUCUCCCUCUGCUGGCUGCCGCACACCAUCUACAGCCUCCUGUCCGUCUUCAGCCAGAGCUUCUACUGCAGCGCCUCCUUCUACACCGCCAGCUCCUGCGUUCUGUGGCUCAGCUACCUCAAGUCUGUCUUCAACCCCAUCGUCUACUGUUGGAGGAUCAAGAAGUUCCGCGAGGCCUGCUUCGAGCUGCUGCCUCCCACCUUCCAGAUCCUCCCCAAAGUGCCUGAGCGCAUCCGGAGGAGAAUCCAGCCGGGCACCAUCUAUGUUUGCAGUGAGAACCAGUCGUCUGUGUAGGGGAGCUUCCAUCCCCCUGCCCUAGAAAGGGCCACCAUGUCCCUCCUCCAUGGCACUGGCUGUGGCCACACGUGCACCCCAUGCUCACUUGCUGGCUGCCAGGCCAGUUGCAACUCGCGGGUGUGUUCAUUUAGGGCUUAGGAACCCAGCACGAGAGGGACAGGGAUGUUGA